AUGAAGAGUACACAUGGAGGGUGUGAGACAUCAUUCUUAUUGUCGAAAUUUGUCUACAGGAAAAGCUACUUAUCCACUAUUUAUAAAAAAAAAAAAAGAAGGAAGAAAUAUAGUGCAAACUUCAAAAAUUAAGUCAUAGAAAAAGGGAAAUGUAAGAUCAAUAUUAUUCUUGGAUGAGUAUUGAUAAUUGGAACAUCUUGUAAAUACAUCUAUGAGUGAAGAAGUGAUAAAGAUGUGAAUAGAAGAAGUGAAGUCUAGAUUGUUAUUCCAAGGAGUGUUUAAACAUUUAAGUGCUUGACAUCAUUCUUAAAUACUUGAUAUAAGAAUCCAAAGUGUUUAAAGGUGCAUCAUUUCUAAUUGUAUUUCUUUUCUGUAUUGAAAUAUGAUGUUUGAGAUUUGUAAAUUUUUAUUUUUGUAAUUCCAUUGCUAAGGGACUAGCAAUGAUUUAACUUGGGGGGUGUGAUAAGUCUUCAUUAUCAUGAGUUAAUAAUUAGUAAAUAAUAUAGUUUUAGCCUUAACUCAUGAUAAAUAGACUUAUAUUUGUGUUAAAGCAUGAAAAGUGGUUUUCAGUUGAUUAACGUUAAUUUUUGGGUAAUUAUGUGAUUUUAUACGAUUUUUACAGUCUUAGUUUUGAGAUAAAUGAAGAACAAGAAAUAAAAAUAAAAAUAUUGCAAAAUGGGGAACCCGCCGGCCAGCCGGGCCCGCAAGCGGGUCGGAAGCGCAGUCGGGGAGUAGCCGCGAGCAGGGGCUCGAGCGGCUUGCUUGGAUCGAUAGGGGCACGUGUGCGCCACUCCCCUUCCACGUCACCGGUGGCCAGCCGGCUGUGGGGCAAGGAGUGGUCGUACACGCGAGAGAAGAGACUUUGCCUUACAAAGCUAACAUUACUAUAUAUUCGCCCGAAAAAUCGGUGCACAACCGAUGUGGGACUAAACCCCCGUCACACCUUGUUCAGGGGCGGGCGACCGCCGCGGGUUCGAAUCCUCCCAGAGUCAAAAUUCAUAUAUUUUUAACUGAUUAUCGCGACUUUCCUGCAGAUCGCCGCUGAAGGAUUAAGCAACCAGAAUCGUUGGAUCAUCGGCGAAAAUCUCGUCAACGCAAUUCGCGGAGCAUUGCUACUAAAGUUGCUGAACGAUUCACGAUAAAAGGAUCGCGAAUCCAUCGAGUAAAUCAUCUCCGAUUGAUCGACGAACAAGCCGUCGUCGGGAAGAGGACGAUCCGUCGGGAGACAAGUCGCCACCUCCUGAGAGCGUACCAGAUGCGAUGAAGAGCCUCCUCUUGCUGCGCGGACCUGAGGAUGAAGCUCCCUAACACGCGCCUCACCUCCAUCCCGCCCCUCUCCGUCGGGUGACAGCCGCCGGAGAGCCGCAAAGUCGCCGUUUUUCCGCUCCGCCGGGUGACAGCCGCCGGAGACGAUUCGACGACCCACUUCAUUGGUCUCUAGACUUCGCGAGAAGAUCUAGAGAUUGCCCACGUCGUCUUUGUCCAAGGAGAGCCUUCGAGGCCGUAGACACUGCACGACGACCCUCCCGAACGCUCAGGAUUCCGGUGCAUCGCCGACGCGUCGCCGUCGCGACGCCGGAACUCUGUUUUCCUGCUUUAUCUAGAGACUGCCCACGUCGUCUUUGUCCAAGGAGAGCCUUCGAGGCCGUGGACACUGCACGACGAUCCUCCCGAACGCUCAGGAUUCCGGUGCAUCGCCGACGCAUCGCCGACGCAUCGCCGUCGCGACGCCGGAACUCUGUUUUCCUGCUUUCAAUUUAAUUUACGCUUCAUUUAGUGAUACUUUGUUGAUUUUUAUUUACCAAACUAUACUUCGUUCAACUACGAUUCUUCCGGCUUUUACAGAUCUUAAUUUGAUUAAUUGAGUCGUCUGUAAUCGCCUACGUAAGAAUCGCCGGGCGGAACUGUGUUUCCGCCUGAUUCGCGUUCGCCGGGCGCUGACGUCAUCCUGACGUCCGCACCCUUAUUUCCUUUUUUUUUCGUGAAUUUUAAAUAUAUUUCCUUUUUAUUUUCUAGUAUAAAAUUCGUAAGAAAAUCGUACUCAUUGAGAAAAAUUCUGAAUAAUUACCAGAUAUUAUAUUACAUCCCUGUGAUCGACCUAGAAAAUUACCGCUAUUUUUGGAAUUUUUAUUGAAUUAUAAUUGAUAUAUUUAUUUAGAAAUACUUCUAAAUAUCCGAAAAUUCGUAUUUUCUAGUUUUAUAAAUUUUAUAUUUGCGUGAUUUAACAUACAACGACUGAGUCACGUCAACCCUUUUCUCACAUUUCAAUCCCCUAGAUAUAUAUUACUGAAAUUCGAAAUUAAAACUAUAAAGAGGAUAGUUUUGAUUUAUUUUUGACAAAUUUAUUGUGGCUAAAAAUAAACUGAAAAAAGAAAAUAGAACUGUCAGAACUAUCUAAUUUACAAAUUCUUUACAUCAUAUUACAUGCAUGAAAAAUUAAAUCAAUUAGAUUGAUUGAUACCAAAAGAUACUAGGAAGAUUAUUAUUGAGUCAAAAGAAUGAUCUAGUAGUAUGAAAUGUUGGAAUACUCUUUGGAUACAUGAUAGAUAACAUGGAUUUGAUUUUACAAAUUUUCACUUCAUGAUCUUAAUGGAUAGUAUUUACUUGAUGUGAAAAUUUGAUUGAUCAUUUAAAUUUAAUGGAGAUUUUUGCACCCUGAUCUAUAGGAUUAAUGAGGAGAAAUCACUUAUUUCGAAAAAAAAAGAGAGAGCAAUGUGAAAAAUCUAGAAACGAAGAGUACACAUGGAGGGUGUGAGACAUCAUUCUCAUUGUCGAAAAUCGUGCAUAGAAAAACACUUGCAGAAAAAUAAGUGGAUAAAGUGAAAGCCCUGAAAAUGAAGAGUACACAUGGAGGGUGUGAGACAUCAUUCUUAUUGUCGAAAUUUGUCUACAGGAAAAGCUACUUAUCCACUAUUUAUAAAAAAAAAAAAAGAAGGAAGAAAUAUAGUGCAAACUUCAAAAAUUAAGUCAUAGAAAAAGGGAAAUGUAAGAUCAAUAUUAUUCUUGGAUGAGUAUUGAUAAUUGGAACAUCUUGUAAAUACAUCUAUGAGUGAAGAAGUGAUAAAGAUGUGAAUAGAAGAACUGAAGUGUAGAUUGUUAUUCCAAGGAGUGUUUAAACAUUUAAGUACUUGGCAUCAUUCUUAAAUACUUGAUAUAAGAAUUCAAAGUGUUUAAUGGUGCAUCAUUUCUAAUUAUAUUUUUUUUGUAUUGAAAUAUGAUGUUUGAGAUUUGUAAAAUUUUAUUUUCGUAAUUCCAUUGCUAAGGGACUAGCAAUGAUUUAAGUUGGGGGGUGUGAUAAGUCUUCAUUAUCAUGAGUUAAUAAUUAGUAAAUAAUAUAGUUUUAGCCUUAACUCAUGAUAAAUAGACUUAUAUUUGUGUUAAAGAAUGAUUUUUUGUUUUCAAUUGAUUAACGUGAAUUUUUGGGUAAUUAUGUGAUUUUAUACAAUUUUUACAGUCUUACUUUUGAGACAAAUCAAGAACAAGAAAUAAAAAUAAAAAUAUUGCAAAAAUGGGGGGACCCGCCGGCCAGCCGUGCUCGCAAGCAGCUCGGAAGCGCAGUCGGGGAGUAGCUGCGAGCAGGGGCUCAAGCGGCUUGGCUUGGGGACCGACUGACACGCGUACGCCACUCCCCUUCCACAUCACUAGUGGCCAGCCGGCUAUGGGGCAAGGAGUGGUCAUACACGUGAGAGAAGGGACUAACCCCCGUCACACCUUCCUCAAAAGAGGCGGGCGAUUGGCGUGGGUUCGAAUCCUUCCAGAGUCAAAAUUCAUAUAUUUUUAUUUGAUUAUUGCGACUUUCUUGCAGAUGGCUGGGGAAGGAUUAAGCAACGAGAAUCGCUGGAUCAUCGGCGAAAAUCUCAUCAACACGAUUCGCAAAGCAUUGCUACUAAAAUUGCUGAACGAUUCACGAUAAAAGGAUCGCGAAUCCAUUGAGUAAAUCAUCUCCGAUUGAUCGACGAACAAGCCGUCGUCAGGAAGAGGACGAUCCGCCGGGAGACCAGUCGCCACCUCCAGAGAGCGUACCAGAUGCGAUGAAGAGCCUCCUCUUGCUGCGCGGACCUAAGGAUGAAGCUCCUUAACACGCGCCCCACCUCCAUCCAGCGCCUCUCUGUCAGGUGACAGCCGCCGGAGAGCCGCAAAGUCGCCAUUUUUCCACUCCGCCGGGUGACAGCCACCGGAGACGAUUUGACGACUCACUUCAUUGAUCUUUAGACUUUGCGAGAAGAUCUAGAGAUUGCCCACGUUGUCUUUGUCCAAGGAGAGCCUUCGAGGCCGUGGGCAUUGCACAACGAUCCUCCCGAACGCUCACGAUUUCGGUGCAUCGCCGACGCAUCGUCGUCGCGACGCCGGAACUCUGUUUUCCUGCUUUCAAUUUAAUUUACGCUUCAUUUAGUGAUACUUUGUGUGAUUUUAAUUUACCAAACUAUAUUUCGUUCAAUUAUGAUUCUUCUGGCUUUUACAGAUCUUAAUUUGAUUAAUUAAGUCAUCUGUAAUCGCUUACGUAAGAAUCGCCGGGUGGAACUCUAUUUCUGCUGUUUGCUAGGAGCUGACAUCAUCCUGACGUCUGCACCCUUAUUUCCUUUUUUUCGUGAAUUUUAAAUAUAUUUUCUUUUUAUUUCCUAGUAUAAAAUUUGUAAGAAAAUCGUAUUCAUUGAGAAAAAUUCUGAAUAAUUACCAGAUAUUAUAUUACAUCCCUGUGAUCGACCUAGAAAAUUAUCGCUAUUUUUGGAAUUUUUAUUGAAUUAUAAUUGAUAUAUUUAUUUAGAAAUACUUCUAAAUAUCCGAAUAUUCGUAUUUUCUAGUUUUAUAAAUUUUAUAUUUGCGUGAUUUAUUGUACAACGACUGAGUCACGUCACACCCCUUAUUUUGCUUUAUUUGAUGAGAUUUAAUUUGUGGAGAUUAGGCAACAGAAUCAAGUUGAGGCACUAA